CCGUCGUAUCGUAUCACACUUACAAACAUGGCGACGGAGGGUGAUGUCGAUUUGGACCUGGAAGCUGACGAAAACUGUACUGGGAAGCCAGCAGAGAAGCCUCGUAAACAUGACAGUGGUGCCGCCGACUUGGAGAGGGUCACCGACUAUGCCGAGGAGAAAGAAAUAUCCAGUUCGGACUUACAAACGGCCAUGUCAGUAAUUGGAGAUCGAAGAUCGCGAGAACAGAAAGCCAAACAAGAGAGAGAAAAAGAGUUGGCCAAAGUAACCAUCAAGAAAGAGGACGUAGAGUUAAUCAUGUCCGAGAUGGAGAUUUCCAGGUUUGCAGCAGAGCGCAGUCUGAGAGAACACAUGGGCAAUGUGGUGGAAGCUCUGGUGGCUCUGACUAGCUGAACAAACACAGGACUCAGUCACCAGUUUUGUCCAACUUCAUUAACAUUGAACUAUUCAAAUUAGAUAUGCUGUGUUGUUUUUCAUUUUGGGGGGUAGGGGUUUCACAAUAAAGAUAAAUAA